GAGCGUAUCACUUGACUGGAUAAAACAACAGUCAGUCUCUCCUGAGGGGUUGGCCUUACUUGGCUGUUUUCUAUAAAACUGUGAAACUGUUAACUCCAGAACUAAAGAAACAGAAGAGUCUAUCCAGAAGCAUCUAAAUAGACCAGAACAUUCUCUCAAGAUACCCUCUUUGAAAUGAAUCUUCCAUAUGUUCUAAACCGCAGGAUCCUGAUUAACCAGACAACAAAUGCUUGGAAAUUUCCGGGAGGCUUGUCUGAACCAGGUGAAGACAUUGGGAACACAGCAGUUCGAGAAGUUUUUGAAGAGACAGGCAUAACAUCAGAAUUCAAGUCCAUUCUAAGUAUACGACAGCAACACGGGCAGCCUGGAGCCUUUGGGAAGUCAGAUAUGUACAUAAUCUGCCGCCUGGAACCUUCUUCUUUCCACAUCAGUUUCUGCCAGCUGGAGUGCCUGAGAUGUGAAUGGAUGGACUUAACUGAGCUUUCCAAGACAAAAGAAACUACUCCAAUCACUAGCAAUAUAGCUAAAUUACUUCUGUAUGGUUAUCGGGAAGGGUUUGAUAAAAUUGAUAUAAGUAUGAGAGAAUUCCCAGCUGUGUAUGCAGGUCUUUUCUAUAAGCUGUAUCACAGAGAGCUGCCAGAAAAUUAUAGAAAUAUGACAGAUUUGCAAUAAAAUUAAUCUUUUUUGUAAUCUAAGAUUACUUGAAAUCAAA